UUUUUGUAUUUUUGGGUUUUCAUUCGUGAGGCAGAUAUUAGCCCUCUUUUGUCGAAAUGGGAUGAUCCAAACAUGGCGCAAGACCAAGGCAUCACGGGAGUCGUUAAGCAGUUGGACCAAGCUUGUAGAGAAGCUGGCUUCUUUUAUGUGAAGGGUCACGGUAUACCCAAUUCCAUUAUCAAAGAGGUUGGAAAUGUGGCACACAAAUUCUUUAGUCUACUUUACGAGGAAAAACUAAAGAUUAAAAUAUCUCCCACAACUGGAUACAGAGGGUAUCAGCGGAUUGGCGAAAAUAUAACCAAAGGCAUCCCUGACAUGCACGAAGCUAUUGAUGUAUUUGAUCAGGAUGCUGAUAUAACCGCACUAGAGGUGAGAAACCAAUCUGGUGAGUGGAUAUCCGCUCCUCCAGUCCCCGGCACAUUUGUUUGCAACAUUGGUGACAUGCUAAAGAUUUUAACAAAUGGACUCUAUGAGUCAACUUUCCACCGAGUCAUCAACAAAUCUCCAACAUAUCGAGUCUGCGUGGCCUACUUUUAUGAGACGAACUUUGACCCUGCAAUAGAACCCUUGGAUAUUUGUAUAAAGCGAACAGGUGGAACUAAGAAGUUUGAAAGAGCAGUUUAUGGAGAGCAUUUAGUUAGCAAAGAAACAACCAAUUUUGUAAAAGAGGAUAAAUUAGAUUCUUGAUCUUUUGACCACCUACUUGUAUCUUUAAGAACCAUUAAAUAAUUCGAAGUUGUGUAAA